UGGCAUCUUAAAUAAACAGAAUGGCCGACUUUGGUCGAGCACCGUUUUAUGCUCUGUGUAUUGGAUUAUUAUUUAUAACUUUCAAAGAAUUCACAAUGUCUCAAGAACCAAAAACAGUUAAAGAAAUCAAAGUUCCAAAACUAGCCACGUUCAGUCCAACAUUAAAAUUUUUAUUUUGUACUUCCUGAGGUUACAGAAAAGUGUUUGAGCAGUACGCUCAGGCACUUCAAGAACGUUUCCCUGCACUGAUGAUUGUUGGCGACAACUACCCGCCUCCAGUGUUCAGGGCGACGUUUGCUCAGGUUCUGGGAAUUAUAAAGUUUAUUCUUAUUGGACUUAUUGUGGCUGGUUACAAUCCAUUUCCUGUUUUAAACUUACAGACCCCUGCAGUCUUUAGUUGGGCUACAGAAAAUAAGCUGUAUGCUUGCCUUAUGAUCUUUUUUAUUUCCAAUGCAAUUGAGGGGCAGUUACUAUCUACAGGAGCUUUCGAAAUUUUGUUUAAUGAUGUCCCAAUCUGGUCAAAAUUAGAGACAGGUCGCAUUCCAUCCCCCAGUGAAAUGUUUCAAAUGAUUGAAAAUAAUCUAAGAUAUGCGAAAACAACAUAGCAAUAGUCCAUUGUCCUGCUAGCUGGUUGGAAAUCCUAAAGUUGUAAGUGUGCUAACUGAAGGUAGUCUAGGCGAAGUUCCAUGAUGAUUUUGAGAUUUAUGAUGGCCAUCACUCAAAGACAGCUUCCCUGCUGUUUGUGGUAGCUUGAUGCUGUGUCCAGAAAUCUCUUGGUCCUUGCCCACUCAGCCCCCGGUUGUCACGUUAAGGGUGAAAGUUGUAAUUCUAUAUUAAGUGUACAGAUUUCAUGUGUAUGAUUGGCAGCAGAUAUUUCUGGGAAACUGAUUGUUUUAUAUAUGUAAAUAUACAUGUGACACAAGAGUACAUAUUUAUUUGAAUAAUUAUUAUGAGAUAUUAAUUAAUAAAUUGCACACUAAUUGAGAUUUUGUCAAAAGGGGGGGGGGACGCAUUUCAAGUAAGUUAAACUCCAAUGUUCAAUUUAAUGAAAAAAUGUGUUUUAAAUUUAUUUUGGUUUGAAGACUAUAUUUAAGGUCAGGCUGUUAGUAGGAUAAUAUAAUGUUUUUUGCUUUAGUUAUAGUGAAGCUCAGCUCAACUCUGUCAGGUCAAGAGUUAGGGAAUUUUAAAUGAAGACACAUUUGUAACUGUUUCUUCAUGUUUUUUUAAUUAAUGUCUAUUGAUUAUGUUUCUGCAAUAUUUGUCUUAGAUAUCAAAUUUCUAUUGGCAUACGCUGAAGUGCAAUCAGAAUUUGGCAUUUUUGAGAUGAAAAAAACAACUUGGCAUUAGAUCAGAACAUACUGUUUUCUUUAGCUUUGGUUAUUUUGACAUAUUAGUGAUUCUGUAAUUAAGUAUUGAGCAUUUAAGUAUGUGCCUUGCCUAAAAGUGAUCCAAUGGCAUACUAAAAAGAUUUUGUAUUUUUAGAAUUUACUGUCCUAUAUUUCUCUUUUAUAAAUCACAAAACGUCAGAUUUAAAGCUAGACCUGUCCUUUUUUUUGUUUUGUUUUAAAUGGUCUUAUUAAACUCUGCACAAUACUUUAGAACAUAAGUAUUAUCUCCCUUUUUUUUAAAAAAAGAACUAUGCAUUGUUAUAUCUUAUUGUUUUCACUGAGUAAUGUCUGCGCAUGUAAGUGUAGAUACCUGACUUUGUGAAAUCUCUUGGGUACACUCUAGUUCUUUCUUUAUUCAUUUUUUAGUGUGAUAGUGCUAUCUAAUACAACAGAUAGCAUCACCUUUAUAAUGUACCUCAUCACCCGGCCACAUAAGUUUUUUUUUUAAAGAUUUCUCAAAUGAAAAGUGGAUGACACACUUAAAGAAUCUGUUUAAAACAUUUUCAACUUGAGAUACUUAAGUGAAUUUUUCAGCUAUUUAUACUUGUUAAACUGGAGUUAAAAGGAAGUCGUUACACACAUUUUUUAAAAAUGAGAUUAAUUUUUUAAAGAAUGUCAGUAAUUUGCCAGAUAAGAUUUUAUUGUUAAAAAAUCAACCUGACGGACAGCUUUAGUGUGAUAUAGUUUUAGAAAUAGAAAUUCAAAUCAAAAGAAAGAUUAUUGAGUUUAUAAUUUUUCCAACAUUGAAACCAGUGAAUGUUCUUAUUCGUAUUGUCUUGUGUAAUCAGUCAUGCUCACCUUUACUAGGUAUAACACAUAACAUUCAGAAAUCACCUGUACCCUUACUAUCACCUGUACUGUCUUUCUAACUCGUUAAGGAAUAUGUCCUAGUGUAUUUCAUGUGUUUGUUGUGUCACUUCAGAUAAACAGAUUUGCUCAUCAAAACUAGAUGCUGGAUAAAAAAAAAAUCAUUGUUAUAAGUUUAUUUAUCAUCGUCAGAACUGAUCUGUUUUUAUUGGCUUAGGCAGAAAACUCAUGCGCUCCUGCCAACAGUAUUGUUCAUACUUCGUUUGUUGUCCAUCUGAAAAUCAAACAGGUUCAGUAAUAUGAGCUGAUGUCUAUUCACACAUAGUCAUUGCACCAGGUACAGAUCCUGCAGUUGUCUAAUAAGAAAUAUUUACGUUUCUUUAAUUUUUUAAAUUAAAUUUUUAGUCAGGGUAAAUCAUUACAAGAAAUAUAAACAGAAAAAAAAAAAAAAAAAAAAAAGCUUCGAUACUGUACUAUACAUUCUUGUAACUGUCGGUGACAUUCAAUAGUGUCAUCAUGCUAUGUCAAUACGAAUGCCUGCAACAGCUUGAAACAUCACAAAAUAAACUUUUUUAAAAGCCAGAAGCUUGUCACAUAUUAAUAAAGUAAUGUAAUUGUACUUAUUCAUUUUUAUGACUAUCAGUUGGGAAAGACUGAAGCUAGAAGUUAGUCUACAAAGCAAUAUUUCCAUUAUUCAUGCAGUUUUUGGAUCCAUUGCUUUCUGGAUGACAGUGCAUAGACAAUGGAUUGUUUUAACUAAGAUUAAAAUCUGUUCAGUGGUUUCAUUUGAGCUUGCAUUUGAUUUCUAAAACACAUCUGAAUGGCCUCAGUCUCUUGGUUAUAUACUUUUUUUUUUUUUGUGUGUGUUGUAUUCGGAAUCUUUUUUUUUUUAUUUAUUAAAUGUAUAUUACUUUUUUUGUUUGUUUGUUCAGAUGUGUAUUGAUUAGUAUCUGUACCAUUUCCUGUCCUAUUAUUGAUAGCUGAUGUCAGUUGAAUGUAGCGCUCGGGUGGUAAGGGGAGUAUAUCUGAUCUGGUCAUGCGGUAUGUGCGCUGGACUGUCUUUCCGACUUAUCCAUGGUCCUGGGUUCAAACCCUGCCUGCUCCCAUCCCCCGUGAUCCUGCGGGAGGUUUGGACUAGGAAGUAAUUUUCUUCAAGUCUGAAGGAACAUCAGAGAUAUGUAAAACAUUUAACAAACAUUUUACAAUAUUUUAGACAAAGCAGCAAGUAUGUUAGGGACAACAGAAAUCCAGCAAAAGUUUAAUGAAACAUUUCAUAUUAUGAUCUUUAAUAACUGUAAAAACGUUUGGGAACAUUAAUGUAAUUAAAUUUGUAUUUAAAAAAAAAGGAUUUGUCAUUUUCAAAAACAGUAAGAUUUAAAAUCAUUGUGUCGGGAAAGUAUUUAGGCACUUAUCAUUAUUCGUCUGU